AGUGGCGUAAUACUUCAUACCGUUUUCUAAAUCACCCUAUUUUCACCAGGAAACAACGAUUACCUCAAAGACAGUCGGGUAACGUCCAUAUCAGCAGGAUUUAGACUUCACAGUGUAUUAGUUUGCGCGUCGUUCGCAUAGAUUUAGACUUACCAUGGAGAAGGAAUGUAUAAUGUCAGUCGACCCGCAUCAGCAUCAGCGAUCAUCCGCACUUACGCGCGUCUCCAUUCGAUCUCUUCCCUUCGAAGUACUUCUCGCGAUAUUCAAGAUCGUUUAUGCAGAUUCUGCGUCCACGUUCAACGGAGUGGAAACCUGUUUGCGCGAUAGAUAUGUUGCUCCUGGCGAACCCCAGGCCGACUCGCCCCCCAGUGACGGUUCCAUCCCUAUCCCAUUAGUCGAUCCCCGGGCCGGCGAUCCCAUCAUUGAUCCUCUGUCUCAUACAAACUUCCCCUAUUCUGUUGCAUCUGUAUGCACUCAGUGGCGUGACAUCGUGUUGACAGAGCCCAUCUUUUGGGCUUCUCCCAUUAUCACUGUCGGUGCUUGCAGGCCCUUAUUCGAACCUACGUCGCAAUCUCACUUCGAGUUAUCACGCGAUUAUUUUCUUGAUAUCAAGAUCGUGUGUAGGGAAGAGUUGUCCGCGUCUCAACCUUCUUCGGAGCAGGCUGAUGUAAUGGCUUUAUUGCCUUAUAUUUACAAAGUCUUUCACCGAUGCAACAGUAUAUCGUUCCAUCUCAACAGAAGCUCUUCUCUCCCCUCACUCGCCCGUCAUUUCGGCACCGUCAUGUGGAACCUUGAACAUGUAGAGCUCAGAUGCAAAAUUGAUGACGGUCGUAACACGCUGCCUGCUCCCUGUCACUGUCACGCGAAGAAAGGAUUUUCUUGUACAUGGUCACUAGUCGUUGAUGGUCAUAAUCUUAAAGAUCUUAUCAAGUAUCCUGGGGAGCGCCGUGGGCUGCGUCGUUUGGGCCUCCUGUCCGACAUCGUUAUAUCAGGUUAUUCCGCGUCCGCAAGUGAGCCGGACCCAUUAUCCCUAUAUGAUAUGCUCAAAGCCCUAGAAGAUGUGGGUAUUAUGCGUCUUACUUUGCAGAACAUCGAUCUAGACCUGGCAGUACCUGCCACUGUUUCCAAACCCAAUGUCCGCUUGUUGGGCAUGCGCGCGGUGUCCUUUGAAGAUCUCAGUGGUGAUCUUAUUGAUGCGGCCUUCGGGUUUGCUCUGGAUCUUGUCGCAAACACAAGAAUAACUCGAUGCUCCCUCCCCAGAAGCAAGAUAAGAACGCGUCAUCUCACACUCGAGGCUAUCAACAAGGAAGAAAACCUUCACUCUUUUCUUCUCAGCCGCUGGAGAGGUCGCGCGCUGUCAGUCAAAGAUUGUCCACAGUUCAAUGACACUCCUUCGGGAACUGUCACAUAAAGGGAGGGAUGGUCAGUGGAUAUGUCCGGCCAUGGACGCCCUCGAUAUCAGCGGCUGUCGUGACUUUUCGGUGCUUGCUCUCAGAGAGUUGUUAGAGGCACGUAUUCAAGCUGCACCUGAGUUUGAAAUGCCAUGGAUGGCGAUAUUGCAUGGGACUGUGUGCCGUUGUCGGGAUGUGUCGGUCAAAGCUGGACCUUUCCUUGAUGAAGAAAACAGGAAAUGGUUUGAGGCGACGAUUCAAAAAUUUACGUGGUGUGACUGAAGCGGGGCCCCUGAGGUAUAUAUAUAGGCAAACGGUCGUGUGCGAGAGAUCAGUGUUGUAAGUAGUAGGAAUUCGGUACUCUUCAUCUUUUGAACGCUCAAUUGUACGCUGGCAGAAUGUAAUUCAAACGGAAUUUUCGUAAUAUAACCACCACAUCUUAGCCU